UCCGAUUGUGAUGGAUGGCCUCUGAGGAUAUAAAAGUGAAGUUCCUUGCCGAGCAGAGGUAUAGUCCAGAACUGGCUAAAGAUAAAGGCACCAUGAUUUCUGUAGCUCUGUUUUACCUUGCCGCUGUGAUUUGUUCUGCAAGGCGGACACAUGCUCUACCUCUGUACCCUGAAACCGACCUGGAGCCACAGGCAGAUUUCAUUCAGAAAUUAGUGUCAGAGGUGGAAGGUGGAGCCAACGCUGCUGAGGGGGAGCAGAGAGAGGUCAAUAAUUUGUAUCCUCUACUGAUGCAGCACAAUGGCGGCAGAGACUCUUGGAAUAAAGGGACUAAAGAUUCAGCACAACAAGAUAAGUUUGCAAACAUGGUUGAGGACCUCAAAGAAGCCGUCUUGAAGCUUGCAGCGGCUGACAAGCUUCGCUCUCAGGGUUUUCUCAGAUCAGAGCAGAAUUUGCCAAAAACAAACAAAAGGGCAUGUUUCUGGAAAUACUGUGUCACCAACUAGAACCCUGCGGCGGCAGGACGUUUGGUUUGAUCUCAUUUCGCAGCCUGGCUUGAAACGUCUUCACUCUUCAACGGCAUUUCCCCCCCCAAACAGUAUAUUCAUCAUCCAAAAUGGAACAACAGAAAAUCUAUUUUUGA